AUUUUUUUCCAACCAACGUCCUCAUUUUCCACGAGGUCGGGCAGCAUAGACUAUAAAUACAGAGUAGAAAACAACGAGUAAACCAUGUCAAUUCACCAGACUAAUCUUCACUUUCUCUCUCCUCAUAAACUAAAGAUCUCAUCAUUUUCUCUCUCUUCUUCUUCAUCAUCUUCUCAAUUUCAUCGAUCGUUUAAUUUUCUCAGAAAUUGAUUAAAUUUCUCAGAGAUCUUCAACAAUGGCGGCGGAGAAGAGUUGGGUGAGGUUAGUGACGGCGCAAACGCCGACGAACAUUGCAGUGAUUAAGUACUGGGGAAAGCGAGAUGAAACCCUAAUUUUGCCGAUUAAUGAUAGUUUGAGUGUUACUCUUGAUCCUAAUCAUCUUUGUACUACCACUACUGUUGCUGUCUCUCCUGCAUUUCAUCAAGAUCGUAUGUGGCUCAAUGGCAAGGAGAUUUCCCUAGCUGUAGAUAGAUUCCAAAAUUGUCUGAGAGAAAUUCGUAAACGUGCUAAUGAUGUUGAAGAGGAGGAGAAAGGCAUUAAAAUAGCGAAGAAGGAUUGGGAAAGUUUACAUGUGCAUAUUGCUUCAUACAAUAACUUCCCCACUGCUGCUGGGCUCGCUUCUUCAGCUGCUGGUUUGGCGUGCCUUGUUUUUUCUCUAGCAAAACUCAUGAAUUUAAAGGAAGAUCAAGCACAACUUUCUGCCAUAGCAAGACAAGGUUCUGGUAGUGCUUGUCGCAGCUUACAUGGUGGUUUUGUCAAGUGGAUCAUGGGAAACAAUGAUGAUGGAAGCGACAGUUUUGCAGUUCAAGUCGCAGAUGAGAAGCACUGGGAUGAUCUUGUCAUUUUGAUUGCUGUGGUAAGCUCUCGGCAAAAAGAGACAAGCAGUACAUCUGGGAUGCGUGAGAGUGUUGAGACAAGCUUGCUGCUGAAGCACAGAGCACAGGAAAUAGUACCAAAGCGCAUGGUUCAGAUGGAAGAAGCCAUUAAAAAUAAAGAUUUUCCCUCUUUUGCUCGUCUUGCUUGUGCUGAUAGCAACCAAUUCCAUGCUACCUGCCUGGACACAACUCCUCCUAUAUUUUACAUGAAUGACACAUCUCAUAAGAUUAUUAGCAUUGUGGAGAAGUGGAAUCGUGCUGAAACAACACCUCAGGUGGCAUAUACUUUUGAUGCAGGACCAAAUGCUGUCCUAAUUGCACGUGACAGAAAGACUGCUUCUCUGCUUUUGCAACGAAUGCUUUUUUACUUUCCCCCUGGUGCUGAUGCUGAUCUUAAUAGCUAUGUUCUUGGAGAUAAGUCUAUUCUUCAAGAUGCUGGGAUUAAAGAUAUGGAAGAUGUGAAGUCCCUGCAAUCGCCUCCUGAAAUCAAGGAUGCCAACUCCAACCAGAAGUAUGCUGGAGACGUUAGUUACUUUAUUUGUACAAGACCUGGACAAGGCCCUAUUGUGCUAUCAGAUGAAAGUCAGGCUCUUCUUAAUCCAGAAACAGGAUUGCCAAAGUGAAGAUGCUACAAUCUCCUCCUACAAAUAUGGUUUGUUGGCCUUCUAAACACUUGUAAUGUUUAAAAUCAUUCGUUGGACAUGACAAAAGAAGUAGCAAUUUCACAUAUCUCACUUGAUCACUAGCUAUUUAUUUGAAGGAACAAGUAGCACUGUGAAGUUCUCUCGCGUGAGCCUCAUGCUGCUGUAAUAUUCGAUUUAGGCAUUGUAGUCAUGCUCUUUAGGGUGAAACAAUUUAGGAUUUGAGAUUUUUUUUUUAUCCUGUAUUGAGGUUCGGAUGUUGAAUCAUGGCCAUGAGAGAAUUUGUUUAUGGUUGAUUUGUUUUAGUGUAUGCUAUUUUAGGGUGAUUAGGAUUUGAGAA